AUGCCUCCCAAAAAAGCACGCAACACAAUGCGUGCUGCGACAUUCACCCCGUCGCGUCGCUCCUCACGAGUGCCCCCUCCUUCUAAGACUAAAAAUGAGAGCGAUCUUCCGUCCAAACCUUUGAGCUUAUCGUCCACCGACCACCCCUCAGAAAACAUAGUCACAUUUCGCUAUUACAAUCCCAAAACCCCCACUCAAAGUUCUCCUCCAAAUAAUCCCACUCCUGAUCUACCUUCAACAAAUCGUCGCACGUUUCAAGCUCGUCCGUCUCGACUGUCCAACGUUUACACUCCGUUGGUAGAAACUCCCAAACCAUCCAGUCAAGAUCAAAGUAGCCGAAAAACUCGACGCUCGACUGCGGCUCUUUCAACCCCUCAAAACUUGGCAUCCGACCCGGACGCCUCUGAGGGUAUUGGAUCUACUGGCUGGACUUACGACCAAUACAUGGGCGGUACCGACGAAACACAGGCUCCCCCAUCUCCCAGCGCUGCCUCUUCCAAAGGCACUCGACUUUCCUCUCGCCUCCGCAAGCCAACAUCGCGCGCAAUUGAAGCUAUGGCAUUCAAAAAGGAUGCUCGCAAGAAAACCACCCAAGCACCCAAUAACGAAGCCGCUCAGAAAAACGAGAGGAACAAAGUCAAUGAACCACUCAAGUCCAUCGCCAAUGCCGUCAAUAACAAGGCUCUCAAGGGCAAGAGCAAAGCAAAGGGGAAAAAGACCUUGAAGCAACAGAAGGCUCCCCUCACCCGCAUUGAUCUCAGCAUUGAAGCCGCGGGACAAAAGCUUUAUGAUGUCACCGUUAUAGCACUGAGUGCCGAAUUUCAGCUUCCCUCCGAUCCCGAGUGGGAGCUAGCCAACGCUCGCUUUGGAUAUUUCCAGGCAAAGGAGGGUUUGCAGCGCACUCGUGAGGACUCCCCUGUUGAUGAGGACCAGCCCAACCUGUAUGACAGUGAAACCGACGCCGGAAGCAUUCUACAGUACAGACUGCAGGAUGAGCCGACACUGGAUGAAAGUGGCUGGCUCCUGGUCGGCUGCACAAAUCGCCAUGGUGAGGCGAUCAUUUUGUCCCCCGACGGUUACGUCCCCUACUGGCCCCCUCAGACCUACAAUGACAAAAAACUGCCUCAUCCGCCUGUUCGCUCUCGCUCGGCAAAACAGACUCAGAACGACAUCAACUUUGGUUUUCCGCCAUUGAUGGGCGAUCGCAAUAUUCCCUUGGUCUCUCGUUUUCUGCCCGAAGAUGUGACUGAGGAGUUAGCAUUGGCCCAGGUACGCGGUGAGGCUCGCCAGAGGGCAAUUCCGCCUCCAACAGAACCCCGAAAGCCCCGAGCUGCCAAGCGCCAAAGUCAACUACCAUGGGGUGACAAAGCGAUUUCCGCUGCCGAAACGGCAGGACCAAAGACGAAGCGAGCACGUGCCUCGUUACCGGCACCUCCCAGCAACGCCGCACCUCCGGCCAAGAAAUCUCUCCCCCGUUCCGCCAAGUCAGCCGCUAAAAAUACCAUCGACAACGGUCUUACCCGCGACGAUACCGAGACUGAUAAGGACGGGUCCCCGGAUCCUCCGUUCCGGCCUAUCCGUCUCGUGCUUACUGCCCCUCGACCUGAAGGGAAGACAAACGGCAUGGACAAGUCAAAUGCUGAGGAGGAGGUGAUCCCCAAGCCAAAGCCCAAGAAGGAGGUCAAAACUCCCAGCAAGGGGAAAAAGCGAGCUGCCGAUACUACAGAUGAGCCGGCGCUGGAUGACACUGCUGCUGCGAAGCGUGCUUGUCUUGCUGGUUCUGAUGUGGAACCCGCUAUGCAGAAGGGUGGAAAACGCAAGGCAGUUACGACGCCGAAGCCCGUGCCAGCCUCUAAAACCAAGGGUGAAAGUGCGGAGUCGCCGAAGCGGAAGGAAACUCCUCGCGGUCGUGGUGGAGGUCGGGGAAAUCGUGGUGGUGGUGGCCGUGGUCGUGGCAGUCGGUCCCGCGGUUGA